AUGGACACGUCGUCAACCCUCGCGACGAGCGCCACCCCGACAAUUCCCGCCGAACAGCUUGCCGCACUUACAUCGCUGCUGUCGGGACUCACCGCUGCCGCUUCCGGCACUACCGCACCCGCCACGACAUCCGGCUCCAAUCGCAAUGCCUUCCCGAAGCAUGCGCGGUUGGACGGGCCGAAGACGUUCGCGAACUGGACACGCCAGCUUCGCCUGUGCCUAGCGGACGACAUCCGCUCCUACGUCCUCGACGGAAUCACCCCCGACGAUUGGACGCCUUCGCAACGCUCCGCCCGCGACGUCGUGGCACGCGAGAUCCUUGCAAACUCAAUCGACUCGGCCGAAGUCUCGGCAGUCCUCGACAAGAUCCCUACGGCCGACCUCACAGCGCCCAAGAUUUACUCGACGCUGAAAUCGCGAUACGCCCCUGAUGACGCCACUCGCACGCUCGAGCUCUUCUCGCGACUCUGGGGCUUCCGACCCAUGCCCGGAACGGUUGGCGAAUUUGACAGUUGGAUCAUGGACUUCAAGUCGGUCGCGCAAGAGAUCAUCGAUACGAAAACGACGAUCAACGACGUCCUUGCCACACUCCUCCUCGCGAUCGCCCACCCGUCACUCGAGAGCUUCAAGGCAACGUUCACCGACGAACAACGCACGCAACGAACUCUCCCUGACAUCGAUUCAGUGGCCGACCGUAUGCGAGUUCAACUCCGGUCAACGAACCUCUCCAACGAUCAAUCGGCCCUCCUUGCCUCGUCGUCGCCACGUUCUACCCGUACCAAGUGCCUCGCCUGUCGCAGCCCUUCUCACCGCGUCGCACAAUGCCCUACAAGGGCCCAGCAUCCACCGCCAGGCCCGUGUCGCUCCUGCAAGAAGAAGGACCACUGGUCUUUCGACUGCAAAAAGGCUCUUGAGGACGGGAAAACGCCCGACACCUCUGAUGCGCAACACCAUGUCGGAUGUCUCGCCACCGGUCUUCUCGCACAUCGUCGUCAGCUUCGCAACAACUCCUUCGUCGUCGACUCGGGUGCCACUUCGCACAUGGUCUCGGACAAGUCGCUGUUCACGGCCUAUCGCCACAUCGCUCCUACGAAGAUUGGUGGUAUUGCAGGGGGCAUCAACGCCGUCGGAACGGGAAACAUCGCCUUUGUUGCCGCCUCCGGUCACCCGAUCACGCUUACCGGCGUGCUGCACACCCCGGGCCUGUCUGUCAACCUCCUCUCGGUCUCUCGACUUUGCGACACCGACGAUGUCCGUGUCGCCUUCACGAAGCACGGCAUCCAUAUCGACAAGAACGGCAAUGCUAUCGCUGAAGGCGCAAGACUCGAGGAAGGGCUCUACUUGCUGGACGCUGAUCAUUCCAAAUGUCAGCAUCUCGCUCUCCUCUCUCGCUCACAGUCUUCCGUGCCCCUGCUGACCCUUCACCGCUGCCUCGGCCAUCUCGCACCGUCGUCCAUACAGAAGAUGGUUGCCGCUGGUUUGCUGGAAGGUCUCGGGGCCGGAUAUAGUGACGAAGAGGUAGAGAAGUUUGUCUGCAAUGCUUGCCUCAGUGCAAAGGGCCAUCGUCUUCCUUUUCCCGAUUCGGACUCGCACUCCUCAGAGAGACUCGGCCUCGUACACAGCGAUGUGCUUUCCUUUCCCGAGUCGUCCUUGACUGGCAAGCGUUACCUGGUCACGUUUCUUGACGACUUCUCGCGCAAACUGUGGGCAUACGCGAUCGGACACAAAAGCGAAGUCUUUGGCGUGUUCAAGACAUGGCUUGCCGAGGUCGAACUCGAGACGGAUGCAAAACUGAAGGUCCUCCGAACCGACAAUGGUGGCGAAUACUGUUCGAGAGCGUUCACGGAAUUCUGUAAGGCACGCGGCACACGUCGACAAUACUCUAUCCCUCGAACGCCUCAACAGAACGGUCGUGCCGAACGAGUCAAUCGUUCUAUCGUCGAAGGUGUCCUUGCCCUCCUUGCAGACGCCCACUUACCCAAAUCAUUCUGGGAGGAGGCAGCAGCUUAUUUCGUCUACUGCAAGAACCUGUGCGAACACUCGGCCCUGGACAAGGCAACACCGAACUUCGCCUGGCAGGGCGACCGCACCAACGCCUCGGCGCUUCACCCGUUCGGCUGCACGGCUUGGCUCACAGUCGCGCCUGAACUUCGCUCGAAACUCGACCCAAAAGCGGUUCGCGUUCUCUUCACCGGCUAUGACCUGGCUUCUAAAGCCUUCCGUUUCUACGACACGACGACCAAGAAGAUCAGUUUGGGCAGAAAUGCCAGGUUCCUCGACAACGAAUUUCCCGGGUUACGUAGCUGUGAGGAAUCCACUCUCCGCUCGGCUCAGGACUUAGGCGCGCGGAGCGAACCGGGCGCGGACUUAGGCGCGCGGAGUGAGCCGGGCGCCCCGGCCCAGGACUUAGGCGCGCGAAGCGAGCCUGGGACUUAG